AUGGCUGAUCCUUUAUCUAUAACUGCAGGUGUUCUAGGAUUGUUGAGUAUAUGCGUCAAAGUCGGCUCGGCUCUUAAAGACUUCUACGAUGGCGCUAAUAUUGCGGACGCCAAGGUCCAGGGAUUACUCACUGAUGUUGAGAGCUUUACGCAAGUCUUGCGCCUGAUGAAAGGUACUUUCGGACAAGAACGUAUUCAAACCUCUUUCCAAGCUACAGGCCAUAUUGGUAAUCACUGGAACAACCUCUCAAUAUCAAUCAAUGAUGGUCAAAAUACGCUCGUCCGGCUCCAGGAAACUCUCGAGAAAGUAAAUAAGAGCGUCAGUGUACUUGAUGGAACACGAAAGCAUCUUAGACUCAAGGGAGCGUCAGAGGAGAUUGGAAUCUUCCAGCUACAGGUUCGAUCGUAUCGGGACACCUUGCAACUGUCUUUGCAAACAGUGAUGCUCUGGAACCAGGUUACUUUCCAAGAGUCAACUGACAAGAUCCUGCCUAAUCUAGAGGAACUGAAUCAAGCCAUCCGGCGUAUAGCUCUGGAUAUCAAUAACCGCAUGAGCAGCUUGCAAAAUGUCGUCGAAUCGAACGCGAGUGGCACCCAGCUCUUAGCAUUAAAUAAUUUAAGGAAUUGUGUUCAAUCCGCUGCCAGUGUUGUUUCUUUAGCAUCGACCCCGCUAGGAUUGGAACAUGCGGAAGCAUCUCAGUGGAUAUCACCAAACACCGUCUAUAAAUUUGAAGAGGAAAACGUAGCAGAAUCUGCGUUCAAGCGGCGAAAUCUCGUGUCGGGCAACCUUCAAUCAGUCGGAGAGAGCGCAGGAUCUGAACAAUCCGACUCUGACACUGAUUUUAAAGUUGAAAAAUUUCAAGCACUUAUGAAACAAGGCAAAGAGAAAUUUCGAGAAAAGGAUUUUGGGUCUGCAGAACGCCUUUUCCGCAACUGUCUCGCCAGAAUCUCGUCAAACGUGUCAAUAACACAUUUACAUCACAUUCCAAUAUCAGAGGAUGAAAUCAUGGAAUUCCUUCUGAGUGUCUAUUUGGCUCAAGAAAAGUGGGACGAGGCACAGUCUCUGCUACUGGAGAAAAUUUCUAACGAAUCGCGAGAUAAUUCUCGCGAUAGUGGCGGAGUUCUCAUGGACUUGCUCACCUUGGUUGAUGUUCUUAUCUAUAAGAAGUCCUAUGCCGAGGCACUCCUUUACGGGAGACGAGCUCUCAAGGGAUACCGGAAGAUGGGUUCAAAUGGAGUGCCAGGGGUGGAGAGCUCUUUAAAGGCUCUAGUACGUGUCUACCACAUUGAUGGCAACUAUAGCGAGGAAGACGCAUACGCAGCGGUUCUCUCAGACUUUUUGUUGCUAAAUACGUCAGAGCUGAAUUCAUCAGGUGCUACCCAAUCAAAUGCACAGCGCCCGAGUUCUUCUACUCGAGCACCGAACUCGCCAGUUGGUCCGCAACAAAUAAAUCAUCACCCAAAGAAGCGACAAACAAAUAUCUCAGAUGCAGAACAGCCUCUAAAUAAAGCUAUCCAGGAAGAUAUAACGGCAGCUCAAAAGUCUGGUAUUCUGGAGGGCAUAAUCCAGUUGCUCGAAGAUGAUAGCACAUAUCUGCCUUCUGAGCAUGUAUCUGAUUCCUUGGCUGACUUGCCUCCUCUUCCAUUCACUUCCACUGAAGAAAUUACCUCAGAAGCAGCCUCAACAUCCGUUGCCGAAAAUUCAAUAUCGCCGAAGCUUCACAGGAAGUAUAUUAAUGAACCUCCUUCAAUGGGCUUGACGUCAGACUUAACUUUUUCAUCAUCAACGUCGGCUUUAGAUUUGUCGUCCAAUCAGCCAACGUCUUCGAUUGUGCCAUCAGAUUCUCCGGCCAUAUCCCUUGGCCAUUCUCGUUCGACAUCGACACAAGCUAGUCAUUCAACCAUUUCAUUAUUGCCCAAGGCUGCUUCAUGGACAAAAAGUCUUCAGUCAAUUCCGAAUCCACUUGAAAUUCCAAUGAGGGUAAACGUUCCUGCACAACCAAUCGAGGAUCCCGCUAUGCUAGAAGUCGACCUAUCCAGUAUAGAUAACCAUAUUGAACCCGCGAAAGAUCAGUUAGAAUUUGACCCUUCUUCAUUUUCUCAUCACGAAGCUACGGCUAUUGCCCAAAAGGGACAAGUUAUGGAGGAGACGGGCGACCGCGAUGGCAGAGACUUGGUGACAGUUUCGUCACCUCAUCCGUUGACCUCCACAUCAGGUCGCGCCGAAAUCCGCAGAAAGAUUGUACUAGUAGGUGAUAGUUAUUGCGGAAGGUCGUCUCUAAUACUUGUCUCUGCGAAAGGAAUAUUCCCUUUGGAUUCCCAGGUAACAAUUUUUGACAACGACUUCGUAGAUGUUACGGUAGAUGGAGAGCGUGUCGAGCUUGGGUUGUGGGAUACUUCUGGAGUUGAAGUUUGGGACCAACUACGACCUCUCUCGUAUCCAGAUACACAUGUCAUUUUGAUAUGUUUUGCCAUAGACAACCCCGAUUCCCUUAGCAAUGUACAGGAAAAGUGGAUCAGCGAGGUGCAACAUUACUGCCCGGGCUUGCCAAUCAUUCUUGUCGGGUUGAGGAAAGAUCUUCGUAAAGGCCCCAAGACUAUCGAAGAUCUUAGGAGAACUGGUCAAAAACUAGUGGCUUAUGAAGAGGGCGAAGAAGUUCGAAGGAAGAUAGAAGCGUACAAGUAUUUAGAAUGCUCUGCCCUGACUAAUGAAGGUGUUUCUGAGGUUUUCGAAGAAGCCGCCCGGGUUUCACUUCUUGUGAAAGCGAAAGGGAAAAAGAAAGGAAAGAAGACGGGAGAGAAUACGGGGGCAAUUCGACGCCUCUUUUCGAGGUCUGGUAUUUUUGGAUUAUGA